AUGCCUACCUCGCCGCAAACCCACCCGCUCCUCACCCGCGACCACUACGAAACCAAAAACACCCUCUCCAUCUUCCACGAUGACUCGCAGAAACGCGGCUUUAUCAUCGUCAUCGUGCUCAGCGUCUUCGCCACCGUCGGCAUGCUAGCUCUCAUCUUUCUGCUCGUCUUCCUCAAGAAGAAGCGCGACCGCCGUAACAAGGCCGCGAAAAUGGAUGCGGAGAAGGGCUCGAUUUGGCCGGGGACGAAGAAGGGAAAAUACCAAAAGGUCGAGGACGAGGAUCAGAGAGAUGGGGUUUGGAGUGCGGACAUGGAGUUGGAUGAGAGGGGCGCGUAUAGUGGGGCUGGGUAUGGCGAGGGUGUGGGCAAGGAGCCGUAUAGACCGGCUGAUUCACAUGCCUCUAAGUGA